GGUAUGGGUAAACUAGACUUAAUGAAUAAGGUGCUAAAAAAUAUCAUCAAAAAAUUCAACCGAAAACCGCCCCAAAUGGCGACAGCCGGACAAAGCCCCCUGUAAAAGGGCUUAUUUGCACUUUUUAUGAAAGUUUGAGGGCUUAUUUGAUAGUUCUCCCAAAAAAUUGACUUCUCAUGAUUGACCGUUAACUCAUAUACUUUUCCAAAAUCAUUAAGUGUGCCCACCAGAAUCUUAAUUCACUCUAUAUCACCCCUAGAGAAGAGGAUGAAGUCAUCCGCAUAAGACAUGUGGGUAGUUUACAUUUGGGGACAAAAAACAUGGUAAUUAAAUCAUGUACACGGAUUUAAUGUUUGAGAUUUUAGCAUUCUAGAAAAAUAUUUGAGACAUAGUACGAAAAGCAAGGGAAACACGUGAUUACCUUGUCUUGGGACUCAUUUGCUCUUAAAGAAUCCAUGCAAAUUUCCAUUAACAUAAGGACUUGUGUAUGUCUACCUUGUCAUGUGAUGAACCGGUUGGAAAACUCCAAGCCCCUAAGGACUACAUAGUGGAUAUUCCAAGAAAUGGUGUCAUACGCCUUGCGUAUGUCUACCUUGAUCAUGCAUCUAGGGGAUAUGCGACAUCCUGAGUAUCCUCUAAGAAGUUAUGGGGUAAGAGAAAAGUUAUCAAACAUGAGACGUCCAUCCACAAAAGCACCUUGCGCCAAAUCAAUUAAGCUCUGGAGGCACUGACCUAACCUAGAUGUUAUGAUCUUAGUAAUGACUUUAUAAAUCACAUUGGUACAAGCUAUGAGUCUAAAAUCAAACGUCUUGUGGGAGUGGGUUGUCUUCGGGAUUAAUGCAAUAACUGUGUGAUUAGUUUGCUUAAGUAAACACCAUGAAUCAAAGAACUCCUUAACGGCAUUGAUCAUGUCAUUCCCAAUUAAGCUCUAAUUUCUUUUAAAGAAAGCCUGAGAGUAGCCGUCUGGGCCUAGUGCCUUUUCAUUUCUAAUGUCAAGACAUUGCAUUUUUAUUUCCAAUGUGGUGAUAUGGUUUGUAAGACUAUCAAGCAUGGAUGGGUCAAGGCAUUUCCCUUGGCUAAACACUUCACGUUCAGUUGGGUCACAAGUAAUAGGUGAACCAAAAAGUGAUGUCAAAAAGUUGACAAAGUUAUUUGAUACCUCAUCCAAAGACUUCAUUAGGCUGCUAUCAUUCGGCGUAAGUGAAGGUAUAGCAUUUCUAACACUUUUAUUUUUUACCAUAACAUGAAAAUAUUUCGUUCCUUUGUCUGCUUGAAGGAUGUGAUUUGCCUUCACCUUUUGCUGGGAGAACGAGGUCUCCGCUUUACUUAAGAAGUUGGUCCGUUUCUUUGAACCUAUGACUUGAGCUUUAACAUCCUCAUUCAAGAGAGACUGUAGGGAUUGCUUCUUCAAUCUCUUAAAUUCUGCCUUAUCUUCCUUAGCCUGUUGGGAGAUAUACCAAACUCAAGCCGAUUAAGGUCCUUUAAAGGUUGUUUGAGGAAUUUCAGUUUCUUGGGCAGAAUUAAUUGAUGAGUCCCAACGAUUGGCUAGGACUAGACUUGCUCUACAACAUUCUUGAAAUUCUUGUGAUCUAACCACAUAUUAAUGAACUUAAAAGUUCUCUUCUUACGAAUUUGACUUUGACCAAGAGUGACAAUUGUCGAGGCAUGGCCAAAAUUUAGUUUCAUAUCUUCGAAGUGUGCCUUACAAGUUGUGCCAUUAAGGCUUCAAAAAUUAUUCCUGUACACGGUCUAACUUUGCCGAUAUGGGUCUUUUUUCCGAGUGAAAAAGGAUCCCGUUGUGGGGGCAUCUUGGAGACCGGCAUAAACUUUAAAAUCAAGCAAAUCCUUCAUUAGAUAAGCGUUGGGGGACUGUCCCAACUCCCAACCCACCCUGAGGGGGAGUAUACACAGUUGUAGUACCCUAUUACCAUCCAAUGAUGGGUAAUGUGGCUUCACAAGUGUGAAAGGCGCUCCCACGAUCCCCUAUGUUCAACCACGGUAUAUAAUGCAUACACGAAAGUUAUGUAAAAAGUAGAUUGGGUCGUUUUGCACACAUACUUACGGUGAAUAUGUUGCUUUUCUUAGUCUACAUCAAUCACACAACAAUCAAGGUAGUCCGGAUUCCAAAUUAUUCCCAUCCGUCCACCUGUAAUUUUUUCAAAAUUUGUGGUGUAGAGCCAUCCCGACCAUCUAUUAACCAACCACAAGGUUCAUGAAUGUUAAAAGCAUCAUUUUUGUUUCCAAAAAACAAACAAUAUACACAUUAAUAUUACACAUAAGGUAGAGACUGAAUUUUGCUUUGAAGCUUUAUUCAAGACCCUAACAUUCAACCAACGGGCCUUAUAUUCAUGCACGAUCAAAGCCAGAGGAGUGGUCAUCCAUGGGAUGAACCUCACUGUUCUCUUUACCUCUUGUUUCUUUAUGCUUCCUUCUCCUCAUCAUCUCUUUGAAAGCUUUCUUGUUCUCCCUACUAUUCUCAUCAAAGAAAGUGGCCACAGUAGGAAUAAAAAAACUUUAUAAAAUUUAUACCAUGAGUGGGAUCUUUUGACUCCCGAAAGCUUUGUAAACGCAACAAGGCGUGAGGUAGACCACAGGUGCGUCUUUGUCCCACACUUGUUCAAGGUUUGGCCCAACAUUUACCUUAAUGAUACGUCGUAGCAGAUCAGUCGGUUUCAUGAUAUAAACGGACCCCAUUCCAUGCUCAUCGAACUCAAUCUUGGUUACCACAUUCUCUUCGUGCAUUUCAUGUAUGCUUCUAACAAGUUUUUCCUUAAAUUCUUCACCAUCACUAGUUGUGUUACCUUCAUUUACAAAUUCUUUGGUGGCAUUGUUCACCUUAGCUACAUAGGGGCACUUGAGUACAUUCUCUUUGGGAUUUUUGGUUGGUGCUUUUGAUGAAGUAGUCGUGUCAUCUUUUGCAUUCAGUUUUUUCCAACCACAUAUCCUAAAAAAGAAGAUUCUUUGUUUUUCUCAAGUUCUUUUGCUUUUUCUUUGUCUUUUCCAUCAACAAUCACAACCCCCCCCCCCCCCCCCUCUUUGUUCCCAAUGCCCGCCAAUACCUUGCAUCUAAACAAGUGAUGCCAAAAUACCUUGCAAAGAAAACAAUAAUUUGGGUACGUUUCAUAUAACACAAAUUGUUUCCUUUCCUUGCUUGAAGGUAAGAACUAUCGAAAAUUGAAGCAUUAGUGGUCUAAAGACAAUAAUAGGGACCGUGGCUCUAAAGGCAAUAUCGCUGAUCUCCGGCUUGCUCCACAACCUCAUGGAUAAACCAGGGAACUUAACCUAAGUAGGGACCUUUAAAAAUUAUUCCCCAUCCACCACAAAGUCCUCAGAUAGUACUUUUGGAAACAAAGCUUUCCCAAAUAGUGAAUAUGGUCAUUCUCAUUUUGAAAUUGAAAGAUAACCUAACCUUUAUCAUGGGGUUUAAUCUUGCAUCAUACACCCCAUUUAGUAGUGAGUUUGUAUAUGGCUUUCUAGGGCUGGCAUUUUGGACCGAAAACCGAACCGAAAAAACCGAACCAUUUUGGAAAAAAACCAAACCGAACCGAUAUAAUUUGGGACCUGAAAAUUGGGACCCGAAAAGAAAAUUGUUCGGAAUCGGUUUAUGGUUCCAAUAUAUCGGUUUGAACCGAACCGAACCGACAGUUUAUUAAUAAGAAUUAUAAUAAAUUUUAUAGUUAAUCACCUUUACUAAAUGUAUAUAAAAUAAAAUGCAGUCCAAAAGACGCAAACAAAGCACUUCAGUCGGAUGGUUGCCAAGCGGGUUAGUGUCACUGACGUCCUGAGUUCGAAUCCCGGUGGAUUCGUUUUUAAUUCAAAGCCUCGGUUUUCAUUUUGAUUCCACAACUCUUUGUCCCACACCGGAGAAACAAGAGAGUUUUCUCCUCAAACGCAUCUAUAUAUUGGAUGCUUUCUUUAGUAACUAACCGUGUAAGUCCUGACAAUCCAUGAGAUUGUUAGGCAACGUGACAUUGGGCUUGGGGUCUUGAAAACUUGGGCCUAUUGUAUUGAAAAGUUCAAUAUUUUGUUUAUUUAUAUGGGAAGUCGGUUAAUUUUUCGGGUUUUGGUAAAUCGACCCGAAAUAUCGGUUCCCGAUAAUUCGGAUCCCGAUUGUGAACGGUUCGGUUUUGGUUAUGGUUAUUUGGAUAACCGAAAUAUCGGUUCAGUUUCGGGUUAACCUUAAUAGGUUCGGUACCCAAACCGAACACAGCCCUAUUGCUUUCAACCCGGGGAAUCUUCCCGCAAAACACUUGACAAGACAAAACCCCAUAUCUGAUUGAUAGUAGGAACCUUUCGGUUUGAGAAAUAGACUUUUGGUAAAAUUGUUAAAUAAGCCCUCGUACAAUAUCAGUGUCUUCACUUCCAAUUGUAAUAGAUUACUCAUCUAUAAUAGAAUUAUUAGAGGCUCAGUAUUGUACUUUACAUUAAACUCUCUCUAAUAUAAAUAUAUCUGCCAGGGCUCCUCAGGGAGUAACCUUUUCCAUUAUUUCACAUGGUAUCAGAGACCUAAAUUUUUCCUCUCUCUUCCCUAACCCGUGUUUCGCUACACGGCUUCCGCAGCGCCUCAGCAAACCGCCGCCGCAGGCCUCUUCUUCUCCUCCAUGGAAGUCUCCACCGUGGCUCCAACUUCUUCGACUAUGGCGCCGGUCACAUCAGCCUCCACCGACGCAGCCGUAGACAUCACCAGCGCCGCCGUUCCUCUGACCGCGCCGCCGCAGGUGACUCCGUCGCCAGCCUCUUCUUCGUUCAUCGCUGACAUUCCCGGUACCUACUCACUAUUUCAGCCUCUUCAUCCGGGAAUUCCAUGGCAGCCAUCUGCCAUGCCAGCGGUCCCAGGCCUCUACUCGCCACCCUUCUCGGCUGGAUCAUCGUUUGCCGGUCCCACUUUUGUGGGCACACCUGGUGUCUCCUCUGUCAUCCCUCCCUCUCGCACACCAGCAGCCAUCCCGACUGGCUCACUCCUCACAGAUCUCGCCCAGAGUAUCUCACAUGUGGCAACUAAUGUCACAAAUAUUGUAACUACCAAAUUAUUAGCGGUGGAAGACUACACUACCUGGCGUACACAGUUCGAAUCGUUUUUGGUGUCCCAAGCUCUCCUUGGCAUGGUUGAUGGCUCCAUUCAGGUACCACCUGCUUAUUCCAUAGAUGCUCUUAACCGUCAAACUCACAAUCCCGAAUUUUCUACUUGGUUAAGAAUUGAUCAAACCAUCUGUUCAUGGUUAUUUGCAACCCUAUCUAGGGAUGUUCUUAUCGAUGUACGUGAUUUAAAACAUUCAUAUGAAAUUUGGGAGCGGUUGGAGUCUCGGUUUAUGUCUGCUAGUUUAGCGAGAUCUAUGGAAUUAAAGCGUUUAUUUAAUCAAAUUAAAAAGAAACCUGAUCAGUCCAUGGAUAAUUAUUUGCGAGAAAUUAAAACAUUAGCUGAUGAUCUUGCCACAAUCAAUUGCCCUGUGCCUCAGCGUGAAAUUUUAAAAACUACUAUUAUGGGUCUAGGACCUGAGUAUGAAUCUUUAUACACUGAUGUGUCCUUAUUUGGACAAAAUUUCCCGUUUGAGACUCUCCGUAAUCAUCUUCUUGAGUUAGAGCAGCGGGUCCUUUAUCUCCGCUCCCAGGAGUCCCAGUCCCUUCAUCAGGCGUUUGGCGCGGCUGUUUCAUAUCCCAGGCAGUCGUCUGGGCAGCAGCCAACCCAGCAGAAUUCAGGAUCCACUCACCCGGUCGGGCAGCAGACUUACCCGGUCGGGCAGGCUCGGAAGAACGGCGCUCCACAGCGCGGGCGAGGACGUGGGCGCGGCAGAGGCCGCGGAGGCCGGGGGCGUGGCCGAGGACAGCAGCAGCAGGCAUAUUGGUUCCCCCAGGGGCAUCCAGUUUAUUACCCCGGAGGGGGUGGGCAGCCGAGUACUCCUGCAGGGGGUGUGACAUCUACGGGUACUGUUAUUUGUAAUUCUGCUGUGUCACGUUUAAAUAUUAAUGCUUUACCUAUCUGUGUUCCUAACAGUAGUCAUACAGGCUUGCCAUCAGACGGAGGUAUUCUCGGAUCUGUUCCCCAUCCUGUUGUCUGUCAAAUUUGUUUUUCUGCAGGUCAUUCUGCCAUUAACUGUCUUUCUCGUUUCACACAACCGACGUCUCCUGCUCUGUUGACUACUCCCGGUGACAAUACUCCUGCUCUAUGGUUUCCUGAUUCAGGAGCUUCUGCUCAUAUGACUGCAUCUGAAGGUAAUUUAGUUAAUAAAUCUCCCUACACCGGCUAUAAUUCUGUUAGUGUUGCCAAUGGUGCCCAUCUUCCCAUAUGUAAUAUUGGUGAUGUUGCUUUACCUACAUCCGGUCGUCCUCUCACUUUAAAAUCCGUUUAUCAUGUGCCUCAGUUAAAAUAUAAUUUAUUUUUCAUUAAAAGGCUCUGUGCUGAUAAUAAUUGUACUGUAAUUUUUGAUAAAAAUUCUUUCUUGGUUAAGGACAAAGCAACGGGGGCAAUACUUCUGCGAGCUACUAGUAGUGGACCACUUUAUCCUCUCCAUCUGCCGUCUGCAUCACCAUUAGUUUUUGCUUCCGUUUUAGCUUCUGGCCCUGUGUGGCACCGUAGAUUAGGUCACUGUGGUGAUAGUACUUUACAGUUUCUUAAGAAAAAACAAUUUUUAUGUAGUCAUACUCCCUUUAGUCAUGAGUGUGUGGCCUGUCGUUUAGGAAAAUCACAACGUUUACCUUUUAUGGAUGCUAGUCAUAAUUCUAUUUUUCCUUUGGAAAUUAUUCAUAUUGAUGUGUGGCAGUCACCUGUGUAUUCAAAUUUGGGAUUCAAGUAUUAUGUAUGUUUUCAUUGAUGAUUUUUCUCGUUAUACUUGGAUAUAUCCCAUGUGUCACAAAAAUGAAGUUUUCAUGCACUUUAAAAAUUUUAAAGCUUUGGUUGAAAAUCUUUUUAAUCAGAAAAUUAAAAUUUUUCAAAGUGAUGGGGGGGUGAAUUUGUUAAUAAUAAUAUGCAGCAAUUUUUCUCUGCUAAUGGCAUUUAUUUUAGAAAAUCUUGUCCUGACACACCUCAACAGAAGGGGUUGCUGAGCGCAAGCAUCCUCAUUUACUUGAGUUAACUAGGACCAUGCUUCUUGAAGCUUCGGUUCCGAGUCACUAUUGGGUCGAUGCCAUAUUUACUGCUGCAUAUAUUAUUAAUAGAUUACCCUCUCCUACCUUAAAUGGUCUUACUCCGUAUCAAAAAAUGUUUAACCGAGUUCCAGAUUACUCCUUUAUGCGAGUAUUUGGUUCUGCCUGUUAUCCAAAUUUUAAUGCCACCUCAGUCAAUAAAUUAUCACCUCGUUCAGUUCAGUGUGUUUCCUUGGCUAUGCAUCCGGUUAUAAAGGCUAUCGUUGUUUGGAUCCUUUCACAGGUCGAGUCUAUGUUAGCCGUCAUGUUAGGUUUCAUGAGGACACAUAUCCUUUUAAAACUCUCUCGUCUGUUUCAUCCAGGUCUAUUUCUACUACACCAUCUCCUAUGCAUCUCACCGAUAUCACUCUUGACCCACCUCUCCAGCCUGUUCCCACAAUUACGGCCGCACCAGCACCACCCCCAUCAUCGCCACCUCGGACACCAAGUAUUCCUAUCACUCCGUGUGUACCAUCGCCCCAUUCCUCCUAUCUCACGUCCACAACCAGCCCCCCACCAUCACAUCUCUCCUCCCAUACUUCGUCUAGCACGCCACAGACAACAUCAACCGACAAUGUCUCACCUGAAACCACCUCACCUACGUCCACUACGGUAGUUAAUCACCAUCCCAUGCAAACCCGUGCUAAGUCAGGAAUUUUUAAGCCUAAAACCAUUUUUAAUUUAAGUACAGUUACUAUCAAUGCGGAUCCUACCUGUUUUACUGAGGAAAAUAAACAAUUAAAAUGGCGUGAGGCGAUGGCUGAUGAAUUUAAUGCACUCAUUAAUAAUAAUAUGUGGGACUUGGUGCCCUUUGAUAACUCUAAAAAUAUUGUUGGUUGUAAGUGGAUUUAUAAAACUAAAUAUCAUUCUGAUGGAUCCUUAGAGCGCCAUAAAGCUCGAUUAGUUGCACAGGGUUUUAAUCAGCAGGCAGGUAUUGAUUUCUCUGAAACUUUUAGUCUUGUCGUUAAACCCACCACUGUUCGUAUUGUACUUACUCUAGCUAUUUCUUUUGGGUGGGGUAUACGACAACUUGAUGUUAAAAAUGCCUUCUUACAUGGGAAUCUGACAGAAGAAGUUUAUAUGCGGCAGCCCCGUGGUUUUAUUCACCCUCACUUUCCUAAUCAUAUAUGUCGUCUGCGCAAGGCCAUUUAUGGCCUUAAGCAAGCUCCACGAGCCUGGUUUCAUAGAUUUAGUAGCUUUCUUCUACAACAUAAUUUUUCCUGUAGCGAAUCCGACAAUUCUUUGUUCAUAUACCGCCAGAAUAAUACUAUUAUUUAUUUAUUACUAUAUGUGGAUGAUAUUAUUAUUACUGGCAAUUCUGAAUUCUCUGUUACCCAAUUUAUUUCAAUUAUAUCUAAACAUUUUGCUAUGAAAGACUUGGGUAAUCUCCAUUAUUUUCUGGGUGUUGAGGCCAUUCGUUCAGCUAAAGGUAUGUUUCUCUCUCAACAUAAAUAUGUUACUGACCUUCUAGCUCGUUUUCACCUUCAUACUGUCAAACCUGUUCGCACCCUGUUAGCUUCCCGUACCACUAUGUCUCUUUCUGAUGGUGAGUUAUUAUCUGAUUCUACUGAGUAUCGUAGCAUGGUUGGUGCAUUACAAUAUUUAACUUUGACACGGCCAGAUAUUACUUAUGCAGUACACUUAGUGUCUCAGUUCAUGCAUGCUCCUCGUACCGCUCAUCUUUUUGCAGUCAAGAGAAUUUUCAGAUACUUGCAGGGAACACGAGAUCAUGGACUUUGGCUUCAGCAGUCUAAUCGGCCAACCUGUGUAGUUGUUUACUCCGAUGCAGAUUGGGCAGGUUGUCCUGAUAGUUCUCGGUCUACCACAGGUUUUGCUAUAUUUUUGGGUCCUAAUUUGGUUUCCUGGAAGGCUAAGAAGCAGCCCACUGUGUCCAAGUCCUCCACAGAAGCGGAAUAUCGUGCCAUUGCUUACACAGUACAAGACACACUACAUAUCCGCUCAGUCCUGUUCGAACUUGGAUGGCCUAUCUCCGAGCCGGUACAUUUAUUAUGUGAUAAUAUAUCUGCUUCUUACUUGACUGCAAAUCCAGUUCAGCAUGCUCGCAGUAAACAUAUUCAGAUUGAUUAUCAUUUUGUUCGCGAACGGGUUGCUCAUGGAGAUCUGAUUGUUCAACAUGUUCCUACUCAUCUACAGCUGGCAGAUAUUUUUACUAAAAGUCUCUCUAGUCAACGUUUUCAUUUUUUGAAAGACAACAUGCGCGUUGUAUCUCCCGCACAGUUUGAGGGGGUGUAAUAGAAUUAUUAGAGGCUCAGUAUUGUACUUUACAUUAAACUCUCUCUAAUAUAAAUAUAUCUGCCAGGGCUCCUCAGGGAGUAACCUUUUCCAUUAUUUCACAAUCUACUACCCCUCAAUUAUGUCAGAUGUUGUGCUGAAGUUGCAUUAGAAGAACCAUCCGGAAUUGCUAGAGAAAUCUUUCUAGAUGCCACGACAUUCGGUUCUUCCUUCGCUGCAACGACCUUUUCCAAAGAUGUCGUGGCAGUAGAGGAUGGCACAAUAGUUGAAGUAGUUGUAGACUUGUAGUUACAAACACCCUGCUCAAUUGCAUUGGCCUUGGCUUCCAUCACUUUUCUGAGCCUAUAGCAACCUCACCUUUUCUUAAAACUGAUGGUCCUUCGAUGAAGGAGUUCAUUUUUCCUUAUUCCCCUUAGUCAUGUUGGGGAAGAAGAUGAACAUUGUCAGUCAGCCUCACAAAAAAGAUCAACACAAAAAAAAAAAAAAAAAAAAAAAAAAAAAAAAAAAAAUAUCACAAACCACUAUUACGUACUCCUAGUCAUAGCGAGCACCAUAGUAUUUUCUCUUUUCUUUUUCAGUGACUAAGGAUUCCGGAAAAAAUCUCUAACUAGUCCAGACUUGCGCACAAUUACUAUAUUCAAGGAAGAAAAGAUUUUUUUUUUGGAAACUUAACUUUCGGAAGCCAAAAGAGGUGACAAUGGAUGUGUCUCAGCUAGGUGAUCCCCAAUUCAUCCUCAAAACAUCACAAUUUUAAGAGGUCUUCAAAAAAUGAAUCUGCGAAGAAUAGUGCACCUCCCCACCGACUGGUGAAGAAAACCAGCCAGAUGGGCUAUUCGGCUACCAGAAAAGGAUGACGCCAAGGGAUGAUGACCCCUAAUCCAAGCUCUGAAUCCAGAACCAAUCAACCAAUUUUGAAUUACGAGUGAUCAAGAAAAAUCGAAUGAAAAGCAAAAGGGGAAGUAAAUCUGCAUUCUUUCUUGAGUUUUUUUUUUUUGUUAAAAUCAAUACGAUUCAAAAAUCCAAGCUUGGAUAAGGUGUCUAGAGUGAAUUCUGUUCAGUGAAAAAGUAUUAUAGAGUGACAUUUAGAAUCAAUUUGGUAAUACUGACAAAAAUUGAUGAAAUUUUGGUUGAAGCAGCUGUAUUGUUUGAAUUUGCUGAAUUAUGAAAAAUAUAUUUAAAAGACACCAACUCCAUUCCAGCUUAAGAUUUUCACUUGCUUCUUUUGGGUGUCUAGUUAAAGAUUUUUAUUUCUAUUUUAAAAAAUUAUUAACACUUUUAGAUGAUAAUUUUUCUGAAAAACUUUUAAAUGAUAAUUUAAUCAUCCAAUAUUAAAAAUAAUAGAUCUAUAACAUCACAGUUAUCAUCAAUGACAUCAUUAUAUUAUUUACUCAACAAAACUAAUCGUCAGAAUAGGUUUGAACUAUCUUAUUUAAUUAUCUCUACAUCUCAAUAAGCUUGAAUAAUGUUAAGGGUGUAAUGGGAAUAUAAAAAAUGUUGGUAUCUCUUUAUGCAUUAAACACUUGUACUUCAUGCAUAGUUUCUUUCUUUUCUAAUCUAGAAUGAUACUUCCAAACGUUAUCUAACUGCCGUUUAAU